UCUUCGUUCUGCAUCCGGGUCAGAGGGCGCCGCCAGCUGUGAAGCCGCGGCAGCCCUGUUUAGUGUGGGAUCUUUCGCCCGCGUCCCUUGCUCUUCCGCCAUGGCGAGUCCCGCUGCCAGUUUGAACGCUGUGAGGGAGACCAUGGAGGUGCUGCUUGAAAUAUCAAGAAUACUAAACACUGGGCUAGAUAUGGAAACCCUUUCUAUUUGUGUAAGACUUUGUGAACAAGGAAUCAACCCAGAGGCAUUGUCUGCUGUAAUUAAGGAACUGCGCAAAGCUGCGGAAACUCUGAAGGCAAAUGAAAAUAUGGCGAGCUGACUGUGCGGGUGAAGAGUUUUACAUUGAGCCGAAUGCCCACAUAGGAGUCUAUCAAAUGAACAGAAAAUUGCCUCUUGUUUAGUACUAUAGGUCAUGAUUAUUGCUUAUGUUGGUUUCCUUGCAUUUCUAAAGUGUUUACUGAAAAUGAAGAACUCCUAUCAUAGUGUUAUAUUUUUUAAAGAAAUGUUUGGCAGCUAGUACACUAUCAAACUCUCUUUUUGUUUUUAUUCCACAUAAUGCUUUUGGAAUUUUCUAAUUAUGCAUUUAACAAAUGAGAGUCUUCAUCAUAUUGGUACUCUUUCAGAAAUCUCAAUCUUUCCUAUAGACACAAUGCCCAUAGACCUAUAAAUACUGGACUGCUGUAGUGCUAAACUUUCACUUUAGCUGCCAUGAAAUUCUAAGGUUUGCAGUUGAGUGAGGUUCAAGUGCUCACUGGCUGAUAAUUCUGUAUGUCCCUCCCAGGACUGCAAAUCCCAGGUUUGCAUAAGGUGCUGCCUUGGCAGUUAAAGUGGAAUAAUAUGCUGUAACAGUUUAAUGAGUUUGGUCUCUGAAAGCAUGUUGUGUCGUAACCUUUAGAAGGUCCUUUUUUUGUACUGGAAGAAAAAAAUCAAUGAAAGGGUUAGAGAACAAACCUUUAUUGAUGUACACCCAAUUUAGUAUAUAGUUUAAGUAAUAAUUUUCAUAUAUUGUUUAAAUCUUCCCCAGGCUAUAAUUCAGAUUUGGAUUGCUGUCUCAGUAAACCUAAAAAACAGCUUUCUAUCCUGUGAAGGAAGCUGCUUUUUGAAAAGGGAUUGUUUAUUUAAAAUAUAUUCACGUAGUAUGUGCAUGGUAUCCUGUAAAUAUGUAAAAAAAACUUAGCUGUAAGGCAAUAUUGUGCAAUAUGGAAUGUAUGACUCUAUAGUUAAGUACUCAUCUUGAUUUCAGUGGGAGUAUUAAGCAUUUAUUCCUUCUGUUGACAUUAAUGUCAACCAAAAGUGCUCAUGUUUGGCUGGAUCAUGAUUUGUAUACCUUACUAUUAUGUCUUGUUACUUGCUGUUAAAGACUGUCCAAAGAAUAAUAGAACUUUAUUACCAAGUUCAUGAGAAAGGUUAUCAAACUUUAGUUGAGGUAGAUCAAAUUACGUUUUUAUUUAUGGACAAUCUUGGUCUUUCAGUUUCACAGUGGAGUGUUCAUUUCAUGACAGCGAGAAGGUUGCCCAUAAAUCAGAGACAGAGACUGUGUGAACUGUUCUGGUCGUAAUCAUUACAAGAACAUUUUUAUGUGUUAUACUUGCUUCAAGGAUUGCCUACGCAUUUUUUCCUCCACUGUUGCUUUUUGUUUUUCUGUCUUUCGUGCAAUUUUUGUACUGUCCUUUUUGAAAUUUUUAUCAGCAACAUGACUUCUUUUAUUAUUAAGGUUUCAUAACCUGAUGUAUUUCCUUUAUAAGAAAUAAAACUAUUAUACAGCU